GCUAUUCGUCGUCUUGCUCGCGGUGGAGGUGUGAAGGGUAUCGCUGGUCUCAUCUUUGAGGCGACGCGUGGUAUUUUUAGAAUAUUCAUUGAAAAGUGGGUUAUUCAUGUGUCAGUAACAUACACAGAGCGCGCUGAGCGGAAGAAUUGGGGAACACCCAAUGCGUCUGAGGAACUGUACAUAUAUGUCUUGAAACGAUCGGGGCGUACGCUAUACAGGUUCGGAGGGUAUAUGUGA